UUCUGAUCGCUGCCUCCUGCACCUAGCCUUCUCAGUUUGUUUUGCUGUGUUGUGUGUAUGUGAGAGAACAGUGUGUGUCUGUGUGGAUAUGUGUGUGUGACACAGAGAGAAACACAGCCGCAGCGGAGGAAGGAGGAGCCAAGCAACUAGGGAGGGAGCUGGAUGCUUGCGUGUUGCCGUGACAGCACCACAGCCUGCUGUUUCUAGUGACGACUGAUGCAAGAAUGUGUGUCUGAACUGUUCUAGGGAGGGGGAACCAGUGGUUGUCUGUGUCCAGCCCAGCUUGCAGUGUCCUGGGUGCCCCUUCUGUGCCUGUCUAUCUGUCCGUCACUGAGGUUGGAGGUGGCCCUUGCUUUUUUACAACGCGGUACUCAGUCACUGGAAGAUGGUCAACCUCCUCUUCCUCCUCAUGCGUCCCUGUGAUCUCCAACAGAAGCAGCAGCACUACCAGGCUCUCUCCUCUGUCAUGCUCUGUACCACUGGGGGCUCUAUGGUGCUAAGCUCCGGGUGAUCCUGUUUACCUGCAGCUCAGCCCCCUCUCCUCCCUCCUAGCCUGUGUGGUGGACAGGACUGAACACCCACUAGUGUGGUCAACCUCUAGGUUACCCUGGUCUGACCCCAGCACUACCCAGCCACUUGCUUUCUGCUCCACUGCCAGUGAAAAACAAUGACUUCUCAAGAGGAGGAAGCAUCGUUCAGCAGGUUCUUCCAGUAUGUGGAGGACAGUGGACUCAGGGCCUAUGACGGACUGGUCAUCCAGAAUGCCUCUGACAUCGCCCGUGAGAGCGACCGCGUCCGCAAAGAGACCAACUGGGCCUACCUUCAGGAGAAACACGAUAAGAAGAGAAGACAGGAAGAAGCCAUAAAGAGGAUCGGUGAGGAUGUGGCGAGGGUGACGGAGGGAAGCUACGCAGGGAAACACUUCCGCAUGGGCUUCAUGACCAUGCCGGCACCCCAGGACCGCCUUCCCUCCUCCUGUGGCCAGGGCUUCACUGUGCGUUCCCAGUCUCUACACUCUGUCGGCGGGGGUGAUGAGGAUGGGAGCCCCAACUCCCGUAAGCUACCGCCGCCCAAACCCAAGAGAGACCCCAACACCAAGCUCAGCAUCUCCUCUGAGGGUGUGAACUCUGGAUCUGCCUCCAGCAAUUGCAACAGAGACAGCCUGGUCAAGUUUGACCGGUCCAAGUCGCGACCUUUCAGUGAGGAAUACAAGCGGAUCCCUCCUCCCAAGCCAAAGAGGAACCCUAACACGCAGCUGAGUACCUCCUUUGAUGAGUCCUACAUCCAGAAUCAUGGCAACAGGAAGGAAGGAAGGAGGGAAAAGUCCUCAUCACAGAGCCAGAGCCCAGCCCCAGAUACGGAGGACGAGGACGAGCCUGUCUACAUCGAGAUGGUCGGUAACAUUCAGAGGGAACUGAAGCAACGCCUCUUGGAGGACGAGGACCAGAGUGAGUCGGUCUACGAGGAAAUGAAAUACCCCAUGUUCGACGACAUGCUCCAGGACGCUAAGUGGGAACAGGACAUGGAGCAGGGUCGUUCCUCCUCCUCCCACACCACCCCCCGGGGGUCCCUCUGUGACAUCCCCGCCCCCUUCCCCAACCUGCUCACCCAUCGGCCGCCCUUGCUGGUCUUUCCGCCAGCCCCUGCCCAGUGCUCGCCUAACUCGGAUGAGUCACCCCUCACUCCGCUGGACGUCACAAAGCUGCCCAUGCUGGAGAAUGUUGCCACUGGGUACACCAACAAGCCCGGGGGAGGUGCCUCUCCCACGACCGCUGAGGCUCCGCCCCCCUCCUCCUCCCCCCACCACCGCAAGGGGGAGAGAGAGAGAGACAGGAAACGAGAACGGGAGAAGGAGAAGGAUAGAGAGCGGGAUCUCCAAUUCACCCACACUAUCACUGCGUCUGGUCGCUCCUCUGCCCCUCCCCUGCCCUCCACUCUCUACAAGGCAUCGGCGUCGGCUCAUGGGUAUCCCAGAAGCCAUUCCGCAUGUCCCUCACCUGUAAGCAUGGGUCGCUCGAUCACACCGCUCAGCCUCAAGCGCCCACCACCUUAUGACGCCCUGAAGAUAGGUGGCAGCAUGCCCCGAUCCACCUCCUCCGUUGCGCAUCCCGCCAAGAGCUCAGUUGGUCAGGAAGGGGGAGGCAAACUGAGUAACUCUUCUUCGGCCCACAGCUCCAUGCAGAAUGUGUCGCGUUCCCGCACCCCUACAAGCCCUCUCGAUGAACUCACCAACCUGUUUACUGGUGGCCGGAAUAUGCUAAAGAAGGGAUCGGGAGGGAGGAAGGUCAAGGAGUCCGCUGAAUGUGAGGCCAAGACCAGGAGCCACAGUACAGAACCUCUAUCUAGGCACGAGAGCAAAGCUCACCACGGAGGCAGCCAGGAGUCUCCCAAAUCCCAGGAGUGGGAUGGGCCCUCCGGACAUUCACCCAACCCCACUGCCAUGCCCAGCCGCCUGGGACGCUCUUCUGUCAGCCCCACCAUGAUGCUGGGGAGUGGGGUCACAGAAUCCAAAGCGGUGUGUAAGCUGGGCCGGUCAGCCUCUACAUCGGGGGUUCCUUCCCCGUGCGGGACUCCCCAGCACCAGCCCUCCGAGCCCCAGCCAGGCUAUAGUCAGAUGAUCCCUCCCAUGCUGUGGGCUAGCGGAGACAACACCAUGAUGGAGAUGAUUGAGAAGAAGCGCAGCCUGUGUCAGGAGAUCAAGGCCCGCCGGGGGCCAGCAGACAACAACCUGUGUAAGCAGGACAGCAUGCCCAUCUUGCACAGCUGGAGGAAGAGCAGCAAUGGGACCAAGAAGUAUGGCGGCCCUCCCCCUUACUCCACACAGACCACCGUCUUCUGGGACACGGCUAUCUGACAGGAGUGAACCACCCUGUCCUGGGCCUUGUAACGGGCCUUGUUCAAAUGGAAGAACCAGGACUUGACCAGUAUGUCCAGGACUACCUAGACUUGACUAGUAAGAAACACAUUUUGUUUUCCGUUGCAAAACAUUUUAAAACGUUUCUGUUGCGUGCCCUAAUGAACACAACCCUGUCCUCAGACUCCUCCCCCUUCCUUUCACAAGCCAGAGAUGGGCAUUGAGCUGGUGACAAAUCAGAGCACAGGGAGACAAGAGUUCCCCCCCACCUCUCUGUUGUAGCAAUUCAAAUAUCUGGUAUAUCUCCCUGGUUUCGUAUUGCUAAUUUAUAUUUAAAAAAAAUUGUACCUCAGUAAUUGUCUUAAUAUUGAAUAUGCUUAGUACAAUUAUAUAUUUUCUAAAGAUUAAAAAAUAUAAAAUAAUUUGGACAUUUUAGUCUACAGUUGUUAAAUGGUUUUUCAAACCUCGUCUUGGAUAUUUAUGUUGCAAGGACACUUGUCUGUGCGUUGGAGAAAAUAAUAUGUUGCCAAUACGUUGAGCCAAUUCAGUAAGAACACCAUGGUUUUUUAUACAAAAAAAUCUAAAGGAUAAAUGUUCUUAUAACGAUGAAAAAAGCACUAAUUUUAAAUUGAAUAUAUUUUGGCAUCUUGAAUUUAGAUGUUGUUGUAUUGGAAUGCUGUUGUGAACCAUUUGAAUGAUCCACAAUGUAGGUUUGGCUUGCUCCACUGCCCUAACAAUCACUAUGACCAUGUCCCAAUACUUAGGGCAAAUCUGCCAUAUCAUAUAGGGCCAGGACCAAAAGUAAUAUGGUAGCACCUCGGGGCAAAUCCUAUCAAAUCAGUGGUCGGACAAAGAGACAAGGUAACAAUUUACUUGACACCCAGUGUCAUAACACGUUAUGACACGGUCUUAACAUGUCAUAUGUCAUAACAACUGACGUAAUCUGUCAUAACCUGUCAUAAUAUAGUCAUAACACUAUCAUGACACAUAUUUUUUGUUGUGACAUUUAUUGCAUUAUUUUAUGGCUGGUUAUGACACCUACAUAAGUGUCAAACCCACAAAACCCACCACACAAGGCAAAACCUUUCAUUACACCAUAGCCUACUUGUCAACAGUAUAUUUAUGUUAUAUAACAUUUUCUGAAAUUGAACAUAUUAUUAUCAAUUAUUAUUGUAAUUGCACACAAAUUAUUGUCAGACAUGCACCUACCCCAAUGCUCUGUUGCUGAUGACUGGGAUGAAUGCAGGAGAAGAUUUCAGGAGCAGGACAAGACAACUUCUUUAUGACUGAUUACUGACAUAAGGGCAUAUAUGGCUUAUAUGAUUAUGAUGGUCAUAAUACCUCUUGACAGUGUCAUAAAGUAUAUUUUCUUAAUCCAAGUAAAGUGACACAGGAAGGUCAUAAUGCUUCAUGACAGUGUCAUAAAGUGUAUUGUCUGCAAGCGAUUUAAAAUAUGAUGAAAAACAACAUGACUAUAAAUAAUGAAUUACGACAACAACAAAGCACUUAUUAAGAAACAAUCUUUCAAAUGAAAGGAACCUUCUUAGUAGGGAUUUUUGUUUUUAAAUAAAUGUGGGUUUUGACCGUAUUAUGUAUGUCAUAAAAUAAUGCAAUAUAUGUCACGUUUGUAAAUAUAUGGGUAAUGACAGUGUUAUGACCAUAUUAUGACAGGUAACAAGUUAUAUCAGCUAUUAUUAUGACAUGGUCAUGACUGUGUCAUAAAGUAUUAUGAAGCUGCGUGUCAAGUAAAGUGUUACCGAGACAAGAAUAUAGGAGACAAGGAGAUAGGAGGGAAGGAUGCCAUUUAUUAAGAGUGUUGGGACAAGAUGGUUUGUACAGUACCCAACAUAAUCUUUUCACACGACUGAGUCCAGCCAAACUUCACUGCCCUGGCCUGCCCUGGUUACACAUCAACCAUAGUUGCUGGAACCGAGCUGGAAAGAACAUUGUGAAAACAAAAUGUUGACACUAGCAACUACGGUUCGGGUCUACACAAAAGUGUUUAAAAGGUAUAAGAGAUUAUAAGAGAGUCAGUGACCCACAAUCACCGUGCCAGAGUGACUGACUGGGCAGUGGAAGACUCGGCCAUAGGGAUGGAGACACUGUCAUGGUGUAUUUAAUAAAGGCAGUUAAGAUUAUCCACCUAUUCAGACAGGAACUAAGCUUGAAUUAAAAUUAUGUUAUGUCUUAUCUGAGUCUGGGGGUAUUUCUCUUGCCUCCAAAUGAAAACAAGUAUAGUGAGUUUGAACUUUCUAGUUCAAACACGUUUGAGUUCUGCACAUGUUAUAUAGUUCGACACAUGUUAAAUAUUUCCAAAUCGAGUCGUAUCAAAAUAAUGUGAGGAGACAUGAUUAUUGUUUAUAAAUGACCACACAUCAUACCAUAACAUAUGCACACACACCAGGAGCCUAUUCAGGAGGAUGUAGCCUCCGGAGCUAAGGCGUCUCACAUUCUGUUUGAAAGCCUGGGGAAGUUCUCAUUAGAAAAGAUGAUCAAAAGUGGUGGAUCAAGGCAGUCUAGUGACACAUUUCCACUUCUCAAACAAAUCAAUUAUUUUACAUGGUUGGAGCUCCAAAAGAGCUGAUGUUUCUGAAAAAUGUUCUGACUUGCAACAAGCAAGCUAAGAUAAAAACAACAGUGAUUAGCUAGUUGUGUCACCUAAUUAUUUGUGAUUGGCUGGCUGUGUUAUACCUAUCAUCAGUGAUUGUAUGGCUGUGACAUUUGAUUAGUCAUGGUUUGCCGGCUUCCUUGAUGAGGUUUGUAACAGUAGUCUACAGAGAGUAGUCUACUGUCAGUUGUAGAUCAUUCCGCUAAUAAGGACAGGAUCUACAGUGGCCCAAAAUUGUGUCAUCACUGUCAAUCAGUCUAUCAGUGAGCUGUCUGACAUCAGCCCCUGGUAGAAGUUGCCCUUGAACACAGAUCUAACCAUUUAAGGGGGAAAAGACACAACUGUCCUCAGGUCAGUGUCUGGUGACAACUUCAUCCUUCUCCCUGACACAGCCAAACUGGCCUGUGAAGUUCUAACACUACACAUCUGCUCGGUGAGAAAUGUACACUUGGAGCACACAUGAGAAAUUUUAGAAUGCUCAGGGGAGCUAUGGCAGUGGCUAUGGAGGGACCAGCAUGGACCAGCACUCUUGCCAUCUCCUUACUCCUCGUCACUAUUUUCUUUAAUCCUGCUAUUUCCAUUGCAUUUAUCCUCAAUUGCCCUUGUCGCCUCAUUCUGCUUCUCUCUUCAUCCUGUUUUGAUCCUUUCCCCUUUGAAUACUGUGUGAGGCACACACACACAGUAUUGACAAUGAUGUAUGCCAUUGUGGAAAUCCUUGCUAUAAACAUUGCUUUGGAGACCAGGGUUCACUGUGAGUCAGAGAGAUGGUCACUAAAGCUCACAGAAAUAGAUAUAUGACCUAAACAUUUAUGAUUACAGACCAGUGACACGGUUUUACUUCAGAGAAUUUGUAAGUCGCUCUGGAUAAGAGCGUCUGCUAAAUGACUUAAAAGUAAAUGUAAAUGUAGAACGGAUCUAUCUAACCACACAGUAGGCAGGUUUUCAUUGACCCAGGUUUGUUUGACAAAAGCAAUGUCGCAACAUGUGUAAUGGAAAAGGUAGAUAUACUGUAUAUAGGAGACCUUUUCUAAAGAUCAACAACAUUUGUAUCCGUUCGACAGGGGUGUAUUAUUCUUUUGUCGAAGAUUAUUGGGACAAAUCACAAUGGAAACGGUGUUUUUCAAAUAAAUGAUGAUUGCCCAAUAUUUUUGAAGGCACAUGAUGUCAACACGUAACUCUGAAACUCCACACCACAUUUUAUUAUAAAUGCCUACUGCAUUUUAAAUCUAUUUUUCAACUAUACAAAUAAUGUUUCUUUGCAGGAUCCUUCCAAGACUGGCUGGCUUUUGCGGGUUACCAGAGACAUGAAACAGUUAGGUGGGAGGGCAUACAGACUGUCACCAAUUUAUGAAUAUCCAAUUUGCCUAAAUAGGUAAAGUAAACUUGAUUUUUAUUAGACUGUAGGUUUUUGCGAAAAAUACGUUUUUAAAGGUGUUAUGUCAUUACGUUCAGCUGUUCUUAUUAAUCGAAACAAGAUGGUUAAAUUAUUAGGUGCAGGGGAGAGUGGCAUAAGUUGAGCUAAAGGGUUAGUUGAGCCACCUCUUGUUUCUACAUUAACAUUUUUGUCAUUUAGCAGAUGCUCAUAUCCAGAGCAACUAAUAAUUAGGGCAUUCACCUUAAGAUAGCUAGGUGGGACAACCACAUAUCUCAGUCACAGUAAGUACAUUUGUACAUUGUUUCUAGGAAACCAUACACAAAAUGAAUAAUGUCACCAAAUAUGUAGGAAGAUGUCAUCAUUUCAUGGAGUCUGUGAAGGAAGAGACGACAUGGAAAAAGUACAAUCAAAUCUAAACACAUUAUAUUGGUCACAUAAACAUGGUUAACAGACGUUAAUGCGAGUGUAAUGAAAUGCUUGUGCUUCUAGUUCUGAGAGUGCAGUAAUAUCGAGCAAGUAAUCUAAGAAUUCCACAACAGCUACCUAAUACACACAAAUCUAAAGAGAUGGAAUAAGAAUAUGUGCAUAUAAAUAUAUGGAUGAGUGAUGUCCCGAGCGGCAUAGAUGCAAUAGAUGGUAUAAAAUAUGAGAUGAGUAAUGUAAGAUACGUAAACAUUAUUAAAGUGGCAUUAUUUAAAGUGAUCUACUUAUUAAAGUGGCCAAUGAUUCGAGUCUGUAUGUAAGCAGCAGCCUCUAUGUGUUAUGACAGCUGUUUAACAGUCUGAUGGCCUUGAGAUAGAAGCUGUUUUUCAGUCUCUCGGUCACAGCUUUAACCUCUAACGACUCCCAAACCCGCAUGCGGGAGCGUAAUCAUCGCCUGAAACGAAUUAGCAUAACGCUGAGGACAUAAAUAUCCCUAGAAAAUAUUCCUAUUCAUGAAAAUCACAAAUGAAAUAUAUUGAGACACAGCUUAGCCUUUUGUUAAUGAUCACCCUGUCAUCUCAGAUUUUCAAAAUAUGCUUUACAGCCAACGCUAGACAAGCAUUUGUGUAAGUUUAUAAUAGCCUAGAAUAGCAUUAUACAAUGCUAGCAGCAGGCAACCUUGUCACGGAAAUCAGAAAAGCAAUCGUUUACCUUUGAUGAACUUCGGAUGUUUUCACUCACGAGACUCCCAGGUAUAUAGCCAAAGUUAAUUUUUUCCCUAAAUAUUAUUUUUGUAGGCGAAACAGCUCCGUUUGUUCUUCAUGUUUGGCUGAGAAUUUUUUUCCAAAUUAGCUCCAUAAUAUCGACAGAAACAUGGCAAACGUUGUUUAGAAUCCAUUCUCAAUGUGUUUUUCUAAUAUCUAUUCGAUAAUAUAUCCGUCGGGACAAUUCGUUUUUCUCUAGGACCGAUUGGCGUAAUGGCUACCUCUGUACUUUACGUGAGAAUCUCUCUCGGAGCCACCAUGUGACCACUUACGCAAUGUGCCCCCAUAUGGCUAUUCUUCAACAGAAAUGCGGAAAACUACGUCACAAUGCUGUAGACACCUUGGGGGAAUAUGUAGAAAGCGUAAGCUCGUUGAUGGUGCAUUCACAGCCAUAUAGGAAGUCAUUGGAACGCAGCGCUUUCAAAACCUGGGGCACUUCCGGAUUGGAUUUUUCUCAGGCUUUCGCUUGCAACAUAAGUUCUGUUAUACUCACAGACAAUAUCUUUACAGUUUUGGAAACGGUAGAGUGUUUUCUAUCGAAAGCUGUCAAUUACAUGCAUAUUCUAGCAUCUUUUCCUGCCUGAGGUUGAAGAGACACUGUUGCGCCUUCACCACACUGUCUGUGUGGGUGGACCAUUUCAGUUUGUCUGUGAUGUGUACACCAAGGAACACCAAGGAACUUAAAACGUUCUACCUCCACUGCUGUCUCGUUGAUGUGGAUGAGGGGUGCUCUCUCUGCUGUUUCCUGAAGUCCACGAUCAUCUCCUUUGUUUUGUUGACAUUGAGUGAGAGGUUAUUUUCCUGACACCUCAAUCCGAGUGCCCUCAGCACCUCCAUGUAGGCUGGUCAUUGUUGGUAGUCAAGCCCACUACUGUUGUGUUGUCUGCAAACUUGAUAAUUAAGUUGGAGGCGUGCAUGGCCAUGCAUUAAUGGGUGAACAGGGAGUACAGCAGAGGGAUGAGCAUGCACCCUUCUAGGGCCCCAGUGUUGAGGAUCAGCGAAGUGAAGCUGUUGUUUCCUACCUUCACUACCUGGCGGCCGCCCUUCAGAAAGUCCAGGACCAAAUUGCACAGAGCGUCGUUGAGACCCAAGGCCUCAAGCUUAAUGAUGAGCUUGAAGGGUACUAUGGUGCUGUAAUCAAUGAACAGCAUUCUUAUAUAGGUAUACAUAGGUAUUCCAGAUGGAAUAGGGCAGUGUGAUGGCGAUUGCAUCAUCUGUGGACCUGUUGGGGCGGUAUGCAAACUGAAGUGGUUCUAGGGUGGAGGUGAUAUGAUCCUUGACUAGUCUCUACUCCCAGUCAUCUUUCCAUGGUUAAAUGCUGUUGUUGGCGCUUCCAGUUUUGUGUGAAUGCCGCCAUCUAUCCACAGUUUCUGGUUAGGGUAGGUUUUAAUAGUCACAGUGGGUACAACAUCUCCAAUGCACUUCCUUAUAAACUCACUCACCGAAUCAGCAUAUAAAUCGAUGUUAUUCUCUGAGGCUGCCCGGAACAUUUCCCAGUCUGGGCGAUCAAAACAAUCUUGAAGAGUGAUUCCGAUUGGUCAGACCAGCGUCGAAAUGUUCUUGUCAUAGGUACAUCCUGUUUGGGUUGCUGCAUAGAGGACGGUAGGAGCAAAAUGGCGGGGGAGGGUCUUGUAUGUGUGUAGCGGAAGUUAGAGUAGCAGUGAUCCAGCGUAUUGCUACACUAAAUAUGCUGAUAGAAUUUAUGGAGCCUUGUUCUCAAAUUUGCUUCAUUAAAAUCCCAAGCUACAAUAAAUGCAGCCUCAGGAUAUAUGGUUUCCAAUUUAUAUAGAGUCCAGUGAAGUUCCUUGAGGGCCAAGGUGGUAGCUGUUUGAGGGGGGAUAUACACGGCUGUGAAAAUAACCGACGAGAACUCUCUUGGGAGAUAAUAUGGUCGCCAUUAUAUUGUAAGUAAUUCUAGGUCAGAUGAACAAAAGGACUUGAGUUCCUGUAUGUUUUUACGAUUACACCAUGAUUCAUUAAUCAUGAAGCAUACACCCCACCAUUCUUCUUCCCAGAAAGAUGUUUAUUUCUGUCGGCGAGACGCAUGAAGAAACCCGGUGGCUGAACUGACUCCGACAACAUUCAUAGAGAGCUAUGUUUCCGCGAAACAGAGAAUGUUACAUGCUCUGAUGUCUCUCUGGAAGGCAACCCUUGCCCUAAUUUCAUCUACCUUGUUGUCUAGAGACUGGAAAUUGGCGAGUAAUAUACUUGGAAGCGGUGGGUGGUGUGCACGCCUUCGAAGUCUGACCAGGAGGUCUCUCUGUCUACCUCUUCUGCAGCGACGUUGUUUUGGGUCGCCUCUGGGAUUAGAUCCAAUGUCCUGGCUGGUGGUCAGAACAAAGGAUCCGCUUUAAGAAAUGUAAGAAAUCCAAUGUAAGAAAUAAUACAUAAAAAAGAAAAUACUGCAUAGUUUCCUAAGGACUCUAAGCGAGGUGACCAUCUCUGUCGGCUCCAUCUCGCUAGGUAAGCAGGUAAGUGGUAAGCAAGUUAGGUCCAACUAAGAUUUUCACAAAAUCAAAUACAUUUCUUGUGUUAUAGGAUUCAUUAUUGCUUGUUCUAAACCAAAAUAGAUAAUUGUAAGAUUGUUUUAUAUGUCAGUCGGGGUCUCUAUAAGCUAAAUUGUGAUAUUCUAAACCUAGCAUGAAAGUGCAUCCGUUUAGCUAUGUGGGCUAAUAUAGUGAAAAUAUUUGCCAUGGGGUAACUUGAGGUAGUGGCCACCAUAACCCAUACAAAUGAUGAUAGCAUUUUGUUUGUUUCAUGCAUAAUAGGCCCGAUUCAGAAUCUAUUCAAUUUUUUUUGCAUUUUGAUUUAAGCACUUCUCAGUAUUUGGUAUUCAGACCUGAUGCGCUUUGAACCUUUGAUAUGCUAAACGGUCGCGGUAUACAGCCACCCCUUCAUCCCCUUCCAACCUCCCUACAUUCAUUUCUGUCUUAAAUGACCAUACAAUUAUUAUCAUCUCAUGAGUCCAGUCUGAUAAUAUGAAUCAAAACACAGGAAAAACUGAAUCGGGAUUACACUGAAAACAAUUACAGUAUAUUACGGUUUUAAGUGCCUUCUGAUAUUCUUAAAGUUGAAGCAUUGCAAUAUUUGUAAAAUAGGCUAUAUCAAAUAGGCAAAUACAUAAUGACAAAGAUACAAAACAUAUAGGCAAUAUCAGUGCUUUAAUGGUGAAUAAAGAAGGAAAAUUGUUCAUUAGGAAGUGAUGAUCAAGUUUAAUAAUAGGCCUACUGCUUCAGAAUUCCAUCUUACAAGACCUCAAAACGUAGCCACAUUAAAGAGGAAGUCUGCAUUCUUAAAUAUAACAAAGGAACACCCCAUCACUGUUCUGGUAAAAAGCUGAGGUAUGGGGACAAAUGUAACCUCUCUCAAAUUCAUAGACAGAGCUCUGGCUGCAAGGACUGACCAUCCAUGAUAUCCAAAUGAUAGUUUAAUUACUUUUUUCCCCAAUGACUUUGUUUACAAACAAUGGUGUAAACCUGUUUUAGGUUCUUCUGGGGUAUAACAGUUUAUUUUUUAAAAUUUGUUUUACCUUUAUUUUGACAGGUCAAUGCUGAGACCAAGGUCUCUUUUCCAGAUGAGCACUGUAUAGCACAAUACACAUAAAAAUACAAUAAACACAUUCAACAUCAAAAUACACGUUACUAUACACAAAAGUACAUGUCAAGCAAAAAACAAUCAGACACAUUCUUUGGUUAAAAGGUCAUGGAAGUUUAUGCAAAAGGUUUUAUAGACAAAAAGAGCUCAAUGCAUCGAUCCACGAGAUUUCAAGGAGGGCCAGUCCACAUUAUGAUACAAAAUGCAAUGAUGUAUACUUUCGUAAAUUGCUAUGAUAAAGUGCAUCCAAUAGCUUCAAUAAGCUGCAUUCUACAUUCAUAUACAGAUGUAGGAUCUUCAUUUUAGCCAAUUUGCUAGAGAAGGAAAAUAAUCCUGCAGCAACAGGAAAUGUGAUUUGAUUAUAAUGAAUGGAACUUUUUUGUAGGGGUUGAUACAUUUUUCAUGGAAAGACAGGACAUGUUCCUAUAGAAGGAGCCUAUUCAAUAUUGAACUAGGCCUUUGUAAGUUAUAUUUUUCAAGAAUCAAUGGGUAUAUACAGUCGUGGCCAAAAGUUUCGAGAAUGACACAAAUAUUAAUUUUCACAAAGUCUGCUGCCUCAGAUUGUAUGAUGGCAAUUUGCAUAUACUCCAGAAUGUUAUGAAGAGUGAUCAGAUUAAUUGCAAUUAAUGGCAAAGUCCCUCUUUGCCAUGCAAAUGAACUGAAUCCCCCAAAAUCAUUUCCACUGCAUUUCUGCCCUGCAACAAAAGGACCAGCUGACAUCAUGUCAUUGAUUCUCUCAUUAACACAGGUGUGAGUGUUGACGAGGACAAGGCUAGAGAUCACUCUGUCAUGCUGAUUGAGUUUCAAUAACAGACUGGAAGCUUCAAAAGGAGAGUGGUGCUUGGAAUCAUUGUUCUUCCUCUGUCAACAAUGGUUACUUGCUAGGAAACACAUGCCGUCAUCAUUGCUUUGCACAAGAAAGGCUUCACAGGCAUGGAUAUUGCUGCCAGUAAGAUUGCACCUAAAUCAACCAUUUAUGGGAUCAUCAAGAACUUCAAGGAGAGUGGUUUGAUUGUUGUGAAGAAGGCUUCAGGGCGGCCAAGAAAGUCCAGCAAGAGCCAGGACUGUCUCCUAAAGUUGAUUCAGCUGCGGGAUCGGAGCACCACCAGUACAGAGCUUGCUCAGGAAUGGCAGCAUUCAGGUGUGAGUGCAUCUGCACGCACAGUGAGGCGAAGGCUUUUGGAGAAUGGCCUGGUGUCAAGAAGGGCAGCAAAGAAGCCACUUCUCCCCAGGAAAAACAUCAGGGACAGACUGUUAUUCUGCAAAAAGUACAGGGAUUGGACUGUUGAGGACUGGGGUAAAGUAAUUUUCUCUGAUGAAUCCCCUUUCCGAUUGUUUGGGUCAUUGGGGAAAAGCUUGUCCGGAGAAGAUAAGGUGAGCGCUACCAUCAUUCCUGUCUCAUGCCAACAGUAAAGCAUCCUGAGACCAUUCAUGUGUGGGGUUGCUUCUCAGAUAAGGGAGUGGAGUUAGUCACAAUUUUGCCUAAGAACACAGCCAUGAAUAAAGAAUGGUACAACACAUCCUCAGAGAGCAACUUUUCCCAAGCAUCCAGGAACAGUUUGGUGACAAACAAUGCCUUUUACAGCAUUAUGGAUUACCUUGCCAUAAGGCAAAAGUGAUAACUAAGUGGCUUGGAGAACAAACAUCGAUAUUUUGGGUCCAUGGCCAGGAAACUCCCCAGACCUUAAUCCCAUUGAGAACUUGUGGACAAACAAAAACCCACAAAUUCUGACAAACUCCAAGCUUUUCUUUUGCAAGACUGGACUGCCAUCAGUCAGGAUGUAACCCAGAAGUUAAUUGACAGCAUGCCAGGGCAGUUUGCAGAGGUCUUAAAAAAGAAGGGUCAACACUGCAAAUAUUGACUCUUUGCAUCAUCUUCAUGUAAUUGUCAAUAAAAGCCUUUGACACUUAUUAAAUGCUUGUAAUCAUACUUCAGUAUUCCAUAGUAACAUCUGACAAAAAUGUCUAAAGACACUGAAGCAGCAAACUAUGUGGAAAUUAAUAUUUGUGUCAUUUUCAAAACCUGUACAGUAUUAUUGGUUUAAAAGUCAAAAAAUUGAAGUAGCAAUCACAGAUUGCUCCUUUAAAUGAGACACAGAUAGGCCUACUUAAAACCCAGAAUAUUAAUGGCAAAUAUAAAGAGUAGCAACAACAUCAAAACUUUAAAGCGUAUGAUAUUGCAGAUCAUUUUUCACCGACUAUUGUUGUCCUAGUUUUUCUAAAAUGUCUUGAUAUAUUCAUAAACAUGAUAUGGAAAGGCUAAUAAACAUAUUACUGCACACAUUCCUGUGACACUCCCAUUUCCUGCUCCACCUACAUACAGUAGGUGUAAAGUGUUACAAUAUCUGUGUAUUCCAAAUUUGCCAAUGCUAACAUUUUUGUUGUUGUAGAUUUUGUUUUUAAGAGAAGAAAAUGUCGCCCUGAAUCUCACACAACUCUGUUGCAAUGUUAGAAGACAAUCACACUUGCAAACUUACUGCUGCAAGGUGCUCGCACAGUCGAACUGUGCUGCACGGAGAGAAAAAAAUCUAAUUUUUAAGCAGUGAAUCUGCUUGUUUGCAUAGAAAUAGGAUGGAUAGAAAGGACACAGUCCUAUUUCACACAAGCCCAUUCAUGAUAGAUUGUGUCAGGAGCAUUGAGUGCAUUAACCAUUUGAUGUUCAAUCACUGAGUACAUAAGCAGUUAUGUCCAUUCUAUUCAAUCCAUCUCUAUAUGUGUUCCAACCCUUAUGAAUACAUUACAGCUCUUCUUUGAUUGUCUAGCUUCCACUUAUUUGUCCUGUGGGGAGAAGAUCUUGAAUCUUAGGGUACGUAUAUAUAUUAUAUUUUGUGUAUACGUUUGCACUGUGGGGCUAAGACAGAAGCACUGUGAUGUCACACUUUUGUCUUUCUUGCAAUGAGAGUGUUUGAGUGUUUUUUUAUGACUAUGUCCGAGGACAAAAAAAAGAGUAUGCUUAUUGUAAUAUUAAUAAAUAUCUAUUGAGUAUGAGAUAAAUAAAUAUGUUUUUGCA